CGGAAGCUCAUUGAUUCCGAUUGUGAAUAAGGUGCAGGACAGCUUCGCACAGCUGGAGAGCUCGUCGACGAUCGACCUGCAGCAGGUGGCAGUGGUAGGAAUUCAAAGCAGCGGCAAGUCGAGAGUAUUGGAGGCGCUCGUCGGCCGAGAUUUCCUUCCGCGUGCCUCUGAUAUUUGCACGCGACGCCCGCUUUUGCUUGAACUGGUUAACAUUUCUCGCUGGCCGGAUGCGCCAGCAGACGAGGAGGAUUGGGGAGAAUUCUCACACCUUCCCGCGAAGCGGUACUACAACUUCUCGGAAAUCCGGUGUGAGAUUGAGGCUCAAACUGACCGUGAAGCUUUGGGUAACAAAGGAGUUUCAGACAAGCAAAUUCUUUUGAAGAUUUUCUCUCCAAAUGUUCUUAAUAUCACCUUGGUUGAUUUUCCCGGAAUAACAAAGGUUCCAGUAGGCAAUCAACCAAGUGACAUCGAAGCUAUAAUCAGAACAAUGAUACUGUCAUACAUUAAGCAUGAAAAUUGUAUAAUAUUGACAGUUUUACCAGCAAAUGCAGAUUUAUCAAACUACGAUGCACUUCAAAUGGCCCGGAUUGCUGAUCCAGAUGGUUCUCGAACGAUUGGCGUCAUCACAAAGCUAGAUAUAAUGGACAGAGGUGUAGAUGCAUGUAAUUUUCUACUGGGAAAUGUGAUUUCUCUUCGACUUGGCUAUGUCGGUGUGUUUAAUCGUAGUCAACAGGACACCAAUUUAAAUCGAAGCAUAGAUGAUGCUCUGGCCAAUGAAGAGGCAUUCUUUAGACAUCACCCUGUAUAUCAUGAUCUUUCUCAUUGCUGUGGAGUUCCAAAAUUAGCUAAGAAAUUGAAUCAGAUUUUAGUGCGGCGUAUCUGGUCAAUUCUUUCAGGAUUGAAGUCUUGCAUAAAUUCCCAGUUGGUGGCUGUGGCAAAGGAGCAUGCUGCCUAUGGGGAUGUUGUAGAAUCA